GGCAUAACUUUUGUAAAUUACCAAGCUGCUAGUGCUUUAAUAUAACACACAUCGUACAUUACUUUUCUACUGGAAAACUGUUAUGGUUUUCAAGAUUUCUACAUGCCAACAUGAAAUGUGUUAAUCUCCAAUAUUAUGUAUUAUUAUUAUUAGUAAUUGUAUUGCAAUACAUACCCAAGGAACAGAUCAAUAUUGAACAAUCAAUGAAAGCGAUAUGCGAAUAUGAAACUCUCUAUCUUUGCCCGGAUUGUUUCACAAGUUCGCGUAAUUGUGAUGCUAUUGAUAAGCUUUUUGUUUUACACAAAGGUAGUUGGUUCAACAUAGUAAACAAUAUUUUCAACAGUCAUACUGCUAGAAAGGGCAAUUUUUUACACAGCCGUUUGGCAAUUGCAAAGCGUAUAAACCGUGAUAAUGCUAUUGAAAAGUUGCUAUUAGAAUUUUGUAAAUCACUUUCGCCGCCACCUUUAAAUUGUCGUUGGUCUCAAGGCGGCAGCACUGAACAGGCGAAAAAAUUCCUUGAGAAAUCAAUACUACAAAACAAUCGUAUUGAAGGUUGCAUUUUUUGUCCAAUCAGUUCCAAAUUGCAGACACUGCAUAGAUUUUUAAAAUCAAUUAAUCAAAAUACCAAUGAACUAUUUAACCUUCUUGCAAUUCGCACAAAUGUGGAGCCAGUUCUUUUGAACCUUCUUUCAAACGAAGAAGAACCAUUUCCAGUUCCAAAACUUUUCUAUUCGUACGGAUUUUCGUUUAUCGAAAGCUAUGAUGGCCAAUCACUGGAUCAUUUCUAUGAACAUUCCAUAUUGACUCGUAUGUUAAUUGCUUCCAAAUUGAUUAAAGCAGCGUUGAUGUUCACGGAAGGAGUUGAUGGAUUUCGGUUAUAUUUAACGGACGUAAAUUCGGAUAACGUGAUGGUGAGACUUGAAGGAGAUAAUAAGAAUGUAUUUAUCUCAAUUGUGGACCUGGAUAACGUUUUAAUAAUGGAUAGCCGAGCUGACUCGCAUGAUACAGAGCAUAUGUAUCAUGCACACAGAAGAAUAGACUGCAAAGAAUGCUUUGCGUAUGUGCAGCAAGAUGUGUGUACUUAUCAAAGUAGCGAUUUAAACUUGUAUGCAAUAUGUCAGCUUCUUUUAGAAAACAGAAACGGAAAUUAUCCUGAAGGAUUGCUUCAUAAUGGUCGUGUAGACAGUAAAUUAGUAUCCGAUCAGUUACGGGAUUCUCAAACUCUACACAAUCUGCUAGAGGAAUGCGUUUAUUGCCAUCCACCCGGUUGCAGAAACAGAACGAUUAUUCUUAAUGAUGUUUUGGACAUUAUUAGUGAACAUGUAGAUCAAUAA